CGCAAAUCGUGUGCACAUCACAAUUGCAAAAGUCCCGGCCGAGUAUUUUGAUUGCAACUCAUAUUCAACUCGAUUAAUGCCCCAUUGCACACGAAAAGGCUGUGGUCAGGAUUAUGAUCCAGCUACUAAUGGUCCGUCCAGCUGCACGUACCAUCUUGGAGCACCUGUUUUCCAUGAAGGUCUGAAAUCGUGGUCUUGUUGUUCAGAUGUGAAUAAACCUGUCUUGGACUUUGACGAGUUCAUGAAAAUACCUGGAUGCACGGUCUCUUCACAUUCAGAUGAAGCUCCACAAGUACCUGCCCCUGCUGCAAAGACAUCCUCAGCCGACACCAAUCUUACCAUGAAGGAGACAAAAGAUGGAGUGGAGGUUUAUUCAACCGGUGCACCGAAGGUCGCGUCACCCAAGCCAUCCGAGUCAAUCCCACCUGUGGUAACCCCUGUUGUUGAAGAUGAAGAUGAUCUCAGCGUCCCCAUAACUUCUGGCACCAUCUGUAAACGCAGUGGUUGUGGUGCUGCUUUUGUCAGCGAUGAGAUGAAUCGAAUCGGAGAUGGCGAUAAAACCAUCUGCACAUACCACCCAGCUGCUCCCAUCUUUCAUGAAGGAAGCAAGGGUUACCUAUGCUGUAAACGACGUGUCUUGGAGUUUGACGAGUUCCUCAAGAUUGAGGGAUGUAAAAAGGGGCGUCACGUGUUUGCGCCUAAGCAGCGUACAGAAUCUCAGGCGGAGCAGUUCACUGACUGUCGCGUCGAUCAUUAUCAGACACCAAAAGAAGUCCACGUUUCCGUGUUUGCCAAACAAGCGGACAAGGAAAAGAGCAUUGUCACGAUAGAGGAAAAUCAGAUUCACUUCGACCUUUAUCUCCCUGGAUCCAAGCGCUUCCGUCGCACAAUCGUUCUUUUCGGUCCAGUGGAUCCCGAUGCGUCUUCGGCCAAAUUCUAUAACACUAAGGUCGAAGCAGUCCUUAAGAAACUUGAUACCAGGAGCUGGACUUUGCUCGAAAAGACAACUCGCGAUCUCGGCAACAUCAGCUUGACUUUCGGUGUAGGUGGCCGGACGGGUACCAUCGGGGGCAAAGAUCUAGUGCUUGAUGAGCAAAACACAAAUAGAGUG